AUGGCGCCCAAGAAGAAACCCGGUGCUACAGCUCACCCGUCCAUCUCAAAGGUUCCGCCGCCUGCGGCCACCUACGCCGCGGGGGAUGCGGAGGCCCAUGAGGAUGUGGGCACUGCAGGGGACGCGGUUGACGCAGGAGGUGGCGUCACCACCUCCCCCGCGGCCGAAACAGGAGCGGGAAGCACCGGAGGAGAGCAACAUCAGCAAGAUCCCAGCGGCCAUGCUCCACGAGGUACGGGCAAAGGGGUUAUUCCACCUGUACCUCUUCCCCUCGCCGAAGGGCACAACCAAAGUGGUGGCGCCCGGUCUGGGGCGAAUCGCCGCCCUCCGGCCGCCCCCGCCACGGGCACGGCCGCGGCGUGCGCGCCUCCCCCAGAACAGGUUGACCCAGCCACUGUGCCCAAUGGAGCCGCUGGCCCUCAAGCGCCUUCACCUCGUCACCGUGCCCUCCAAGUGGCUGGCUCGCAACAGCAAGGGCGCGACGCUGUCGCCACCGGCACUGUCAGAAGUCGGGCGAUGGUGCGGUCUACAUCAUCAUCACCGAUGCCAAGCACCGCCACGGAGGCCAUGGCACGUGCCCAGCUGCUGCUGAGGUUUCCAUCGGCGGCCGAUCAGAUGGACGAAUGGAGAGCCACCAUUCAGAGUCUGAUUGGCUUCGUCGAGGCUGGGGGCUCACAGCGAGCCGGCCCAUCACAGCCUCCCCAAGCGAUGACAACGACUCGCGGUGCUGGUCAUACGGAGGGGGCCACCCCACGGUGCAGUCCCCACCCUGGCAACCAGCGCAGGAGUGGAAGAACCAAGAACCCAACGAUGCCUCGAUGGCCUCUUCCAACCCUCGAGCACGUCCAAGUCAACGGCGAGCACCGGAGGUCAGGCAGAGGGGAGACGCGCACGUCAUCAUCGAGCGACGCUGCGACGACCACCGCCGGACCAAUGGGUGCGAUGGUCUCGAUGUUGAUGAGCCUGCGCUCGAGGACAGCGGGUGCCUGCCUUUUGAGGUUGGGUGCCCUGCCUUUACUCAUGAGUUGCAGCAAGUCUGUUGGCCAUCCGCUCGCACGUUCAAGCCAGAGAUACCAGAGAAGUAUGAUGGAAGGUUGA